AAAGCCCAUAUUUAAACCGAACAACGACGUCGUAACAGCCUUCCCACCAACAGUUCCAACGACCUUUUUCCACCUAACCACUCCCUCUCUCACUUUUGCACUCUGCAAACCAAAUUUGCAUGCGUCUCUUCUUCUUCUUCUUCGUCAUCGUCUUCUCCACCAAACCCUAGACCUCGAUUUUCCCGCCAAAAAUGUAUCAAUCGAUGAACCUAUCUUUCUCCUCCAACUUCACCCACCAAUCUCGACGAUUCCGCCCCGGAAUCUCCGCCGCACCUCGCAAACCCCUCGAUUUCAAACCUUCGUGCGUCUCCUCCGAUCCAGACUCCUCCGACUCAACUCCGAUCAACCUCUCCACGAAGCUCGUCUCCCUCCUCAAAGCCGUCCCGGACUGGUCAGACGGGAUCAAGGAGAGGCGGAUGCAGCAGAAACGAUCCCUCUACACUCACGAGAACUGGGUCAGACACCGGAGCUCCCUCCGCCACCUCCGCCACGUGUCCUCCAGCGCCUCUUCCCGCGUCAUACUCUCUCUGAUCCCUCCCGUCUUCUUCUUCACCACCGUCGCCGUCCUCAUCGCCGGGUACAACUCCGCCGUGGGUUCGGACUUGCUGCCUAGCUUCUUCCCGGUGCUCCGAGCUUCCUCUCUGCCCUACCAGCUCACCGCUCCGGCGCUGGCUCUGCUUUUGGUGUUCCGCACUGAGGCUUCGUAUUCGAGGUUCGAGCAGGGGAGGAAGGCUUGGGUUAAGAUUAUAACUGGAACUAAUGAUUUAGCUAGGCAGGUUGUUUCUUCCGUUAACGGCUCCUCCGGUGAUGACGAUGAUGAGUUAAUCAUCAGAGAUGCGCUUUUGCGCUACAUUGCUGCUUUCCCUGUCGCGCUUAAGUGUCAUGUGAUAUAUGGUUCGGAUAUAGCUGAUGAUCUCCGGAAUGUGGUAGAAGAUGAUGAUCUGUCUCUGAUCCUUCAAUCAAAGCACCGUCCACGCUGUGUCAUCCAGUUCAUUUCCCAAAGCCUUCAGCUUUUGAAUCUUGACAGUACAAAGAUUGAUGCUUUGGAAUCGAAGAUGCUGCAGUUACAGGAAGGAAUUGGUGUGUGUGAUCAACUAAUGGGUAUCCCUAUUCCACUUUCCUACACACGGCUAACUUCCAGGCUCUUAGUCUUAUGGCAUCUUACACUCCCUGUUAUUCUCUGGGAUGAUUGUCACUGGAAUGUUGUUCCUGCUACUUUCAUCAGCGCUGCGUCUCUCUUCUGCAUUGAAGAAGUGGGUGUUCUUAUAGAGGAGCCGUUUUCUAUGCUAGCUUUAGACGAGCUAUGUGACAUGGUGCUUAGUAACAUUGAUGAAGCUGUUAAAUCGGAGAAGGUCAUACGCAAUCGGAUCAUCGCAAAGAAAAGGAUGCGUGAAAUUAAGUCUUGAAUGAAGACAAUCUACUCUGCGUAUUGAAUGUAAACAGAGAGUAAGUGAUACCUUAACUUAGGUUAGCUAGUACUAGGUAUUGAAUGUAUAACACGUAGUUGUAGUAGGGAAACUUUACCUUUGUAAUUUAUAUAUGUGUGUAUUGUGUUGUUCUUGUUCAUAUGCAGUUUCUUUAAUCGCUCUUACUGAGUGUAGAUGUUAUGUAACAAAUGAUCAGAUGGUUUAGCUAAAGCC